UGUCAAGUUAACCCUGACACAGAGACUUUGUACCCUUCAGUCCUUCAUUAGAAAGCCGCUGUAUGUGUUGUGUUGAGAUGAUAACACAAGACAUGAACUGACCUCACACAGUCGGAUAACUAGUCGUAGUGGGAUCAGUUAGUAAUUGGUAAGAUUUAAUCCCCCACAUAGCGGUAGGACGCGACGAGCAACACAGGAGGCAGUCGCGAUGGGAGACGAAGUGGCGCUCGUGACGGGGGCAGCGCAGGGGCUCGGGAGGGGCUUCACAGAGGCCCUACUGAGGAGGGGGGCUAAGGUAUGUGUGGCAGAUGUCAAAGUUCAAACAGGGGAGGCAACUGUGUUACGCUUCCAGCAACAGUUCGGUAGAGAUAGAGUGUUCUUCUUCAAAUGCGACGUGACGUGCGAAGCGGACGUAAAAGCGGCCGUGCAGGCGACGCGGGACCGGUUCGGUAAACUGACCAUCAUGGUCAACAACGCCGGCAUUUCCAGCGAGGCACAAUGGAGCAAGAUGGUGGAUGUCAAUCUGAAAGGGGUAAUCGAUGGGACGCAGGAGGCGGUAGCGGUCAUGAGGCGAGACACGGGGGGACAGGGGGGCGUGGUCGUCAACAUCGCUUCAGCUGCAGGUUUGAUCCCAGUACACACAACCCCAGUGUACGCCGCCACUAAGUUCGGCGUUGUUGGAUUUACCAGGAGCUGGGCUGCCAACCCGCAUCUGGCGUCUCUCGGCAUCAGCUUUGCGUGUAUAUGUCCAACCUUCACCGACACCGACAUGAUUGUCCAUGGUGACUUCCGCGAAGGCCGGAGUCUGUACACCGAGGAUUCCCAGAGAAUGAUGGCGGAAGUGGGAGUGAUGCCGCUCAGUCAGGUGGUGACUGCGUUUGAGCAACUCCUUGACAGCCCCGACAACAACGGCAUCGUCAUGUCCGUCACUAACAUCAAAGGUGUGCGCGUCAGAAAACAUGGCCGACCGAGCAGGCUCUGAGAUGAUGGAGGAAAGAGGGUCCGAUACGCCGUCCACACAAUUCCCGUGAUGACGAGGAUGAUGAUGAUGAUGAUGGUGAUGAUGGUGAUGAUGACAACGACGACCAUACUCAAACUUAAACAGAAAUUAAUGCAAACAUGUCUCAUGCUAAUCCUACUUGUGCUUCUAUAACCGUUUGAUAAAAAGUAUUGCAAUUCAUA